AUGCUCGUUUCCAUCCCCUUCCCUACCAUCGAGGGCAAUACUACCUUGGCUCAUCGCCAUGAUAGGACGUUCCCCAGAAUGGACUCGGUCUGCACGAGAACGCCGAGACCAGAGAACGCCGAGACCAAGACAGUGACCACGACAUUCGAACUUCCCGGUAUCAAACAACAGGAUGUCAAUGUCGAGGUCCAUGGAAACCGCCUGACUAUAUCUAGGGAGUCAAAACGCUAG